AUGCAGUUGAAAGGUGUAAUGGUUGCUCUUUUGAGCAUGUCUGUCAUUGCAGACGCUGCUGUGGUUCAAAAGAGACACCCCCUGGCUCGCGCUCUCCAACGACGACAAUUUGGUGGUGGCGGCGGCUUCGGUGGUGGUAACGGCGGCAACAACGGCGGCAACAACGGAGGAAACAACGGCGGUAACAACGGCGGUAACAACGGCGGUAACAACGGCGGCGGCGGCGGCGGCGGCGGUGGUGGAAACACUCUCCAAGGCAACGCCGUACAGACCGGAUCUCAGCAGGAUGGUAACAACCCUGGUUCGGAUGAGCAAGCAGCCUCGGCAACAGACGACAACAACUUUAUCAACUUCUGUUCCGGCCAAACACUCACCAACGGAGAGCAAAACCGAGAUGGCUCAUGUAACGGUAUCCCUAUGGGAAAGAUCCCUUCAGCCAAUAACAUGGUUUCCUCUGUCUUCACAUCACCUCAAAACGGUGACAACAUCCAAGCCAACCAGGACUUUGACAUCUCGGUGCAGUUUAUCAACUUCGCGCCUGGCUCGUUUACCAACGCGACGAACACCUACUACUCAGCUCCUCAGGAUCUUGAUGGUGGUGGUAACAUUAUCGGUCACACCCACGUCACAGUCCAGGAUACCGGUAAUGACUUAAACCCUACUCAGCCCCUGGACCCUCAGGUCUUUGCCUUCUUCAAGGGUAUCAACGAUGCCGGUAACGGCCAGGGUCUCCUGACUGCUAGUGUUGAAGGUGGUCUGCCUGAUGGAAACUACCGUAUCUGCAGCAUGUCUGCCGCAUCCAACCAUCAGCCUGUCCUCAUGCCUGUUGCUCAGCGAGGAGCUCAGGACGAUUGUAUCCGUAUCACUGUUGGAGGCAAUGGCGGCGGCGGCGGCGGUAACAACGGAGGCAACAACGGAGGUGACAACAACAAUGGUGGCCAGGGAGGCGACCAGAACAACGGCCAAGGUGGUGACCAGAACCAAGGCGGCGAUCAGAACCAAGGUGGUGACCAGAACCAGGGCGGCGAUCAGAACCAAGGUGGUGACCAGAACCAGGGCGGCGGUCAAGGCCAAGGUGGUGAUCAGAACCAGGGCGGCGACCAGAACCAAGGUGGUGAUCAGGGUGGCGACCAGAACCAGGGCGGCGAUCAAGGCCAAGGUGGUGAUCAGGGCGGCGAUCAAGCCCAGGGUGGUGACCAAGCUCAGGGUGGUGAUCAAGGCCAAGGUGGUGACCAAGCCCAGGGUGGUGACCAAGCUCAGGGUGGUGAUCAAGGCCAAGGUGGUGACCAAGCCCAGGGUGGUGAUCAAGCUCAGGGUGGUGAUCAAGGCCAAGGUGGUGACCAAGCUCAGGGUGGUGACCAAGCUCAGGGUGGUGAUCAAGCCCAAGGUGGUGACCAAGCUCAGGGUGGUGAUCAAGCCCAAGGUGGUGACCAAGCUCAGGGUGGUGAUCAAAACGGAGGCCAAGGGGGUCAGGGUGGUGGAGGUGGCGGCUUCGGAGGUGGUCGUUUCGGACGCGGCGGUCGCGGUCGAUUCGGAGGCUUCCAAGCUGCUUCAGCAGAUGGCGCUGCCAACAGUACAACUACGGACGCAUGA